CAGAAUAUUCAUAUGCAGGUUGCAGAUGUUUCUGAAGCAGUCAGGCAGUUCGCUGAUGCCUUGAUGUUGUCAGGUGAGUCAGCUAUUGGAUCAUAUGGACAGAAGGCUCUUGCUGUUUUACGGAUGGCCAGCAGUCGCAUGGAACUUUGGAGUCGUGAAGAGAUCAAGCAUAUUCUCCAUCAACGUCAACUUGGAGUAUCAUUGCCUGACCGCAUUGCUGAGCAGAUAUGCAAUUGUGCUGUUGAAAUGGCUAACAACCUAGGCGUGGAUGCCAUCUUUGUGUACACAAAGUAUGGACAUAUGGCGUCACUCUUGUCUCGCAACCGUCCAUGUCCACCCAUAUUUGCCUUCACUAAUGACAGUGACACCCGGAUGGCUCUAAAUCUGCAAUGGGGGGUUAUUCCCUUGCUUGUUGAUCUUUCGGAUGAUAUGGAAGGCAACAUCUCAAGAACCAUGGGUCUUAUGAAAACAAAGGGAAUGGUGGAACCUCGAGAUGUUGUUUUAGUGGUUUCAGACUUAACUCCAACCAUCCCAAAUUCGUCUGCUUUCCAGGCAAUCCAGGUCAAGGAGGUUGACUAGCACCCUCGAUGAGAGGCAAGUUAAUGUUGGUGAGUCCAAAAGGUGAAGGAAGUGCAAGUUGGUGCUUUUCCUACCCAUUUGUUUGAUAUUUGCUGACAAUUGACCACUUAUGCUGUUGAAAAUGUAUUGCAUAAAUUGUGAUUGGUUGCUAUAUAUGAUCAUGUUUAGAUUCAAAUGCUUUUGUUAGAGUGAUAGAUGAUCAUGCUAUUAGGUAUACACAAUGAGAGCAGGAGACACAUGAUGAGUUUUGCAU